GGGUAAGGGAACGUGUCCCUGGGCGCUGCGGGGCCGCCUCUGCCGGGUCGGAAGUGCGGGCUGCGUCGGGCAUUGGCGGCGAUGGAGCAGGCCGAGGCGCACAACGGCAGCGGGGCGGCCGAAGCCCCCACGGCCGGCACGCGGCCCCCGGCCACCGCCGAGGGCAUGGCGCUGGCCUACGGCAGCCUGGUGGUCAUGGCCCUGCUGCCCAUCUUCUUCGGGGCGCUGCGCUCCGUCACUUGCGCCAAAGGGAAGGUGAGCAGGAGGAGAGCCUCCCCAGGCGGGAAUGCUUCGGAUAUGCCAGAAACCAUCACCAGCCGAGACGCGGCCCGUUUUCCGAUCGUUGCUAGCUGUACUCUCCUAGGACUCUAUCUCUUUUUCAAAAUCUUCUCUCAAGAAUAUAUCAACCUGCUGCUCUCCAUGUAUUUCUUCGUCCUCGGGAUCCUCGCCCUGUCCCACACCAUCAGCCCCAUGAUGAAUAAGUGUUUCCCAGUCAACUUUCCCAACAAGCAGUAUCAGCUCCUUUUUACUCAAGGCUCUGGGGAAGCAAAGGAAGAGAUUGUCAACUAUGAAUUUGACACCAAGGACCUUGUCUGCCUGGCCAUGAGCAGCAUUGUGGGCGUCUGGUACCUGCUGAGGAAGCACUGGAUCGCUAACAACCUCUUUGGCCUGGCCUUCUCUCUCAACGGAGUGGAGCUGUUACACUUGAACAACGUCAGCACGGGCUGCAUCUUGCUUGGUGGGCUCUUCAUCUAUGAUGUCUUCUGGGUCUUUGGUACCAAUGUGAUGGUGACUGUAGCCAAGUCAUUUGAAGCCCCCAUCAAACUGGUUUUCCCCCAAGAUCUGCUGGAGAAAGGCCUGGAAGCCGACAAUUUUGCCAUGCUGGGCUUGGGUGACAUUGUCAUUCCAGGUAUCUUCAUCGCCCUUCUCUUGCGCUUUGAUAUCAGCCUGAAGAAGAACACACACACCUACUUCUACACCAGUUUCGUGGCCUAUAUUCUUGGACUCAGCCUCACCAUCUUCAUCAUGCAUGUCUUCAAACAUGCUCAGCCAGCUCUGUUGUACCUGGUUCCGGCUUGCAUCGGCUUCCCACUUCUGGUAGCCUUGGCCAAAGGAGAAGUGACCGACAUGUUCAGCUACGAAGAGAACGCCGCCUCGAAGGACGGGACGGCAGACCCCAAAGAAGAGAAGACAGAGACAGAUCCUGAGAAGAAAGAGAAAUGACCGCGGGCGCCUGCGCAGGCCGGGCUUUGCCCCUCUCCCCGACCCCCCCCCUCCCUUGCAAAUGGUUUUCGUUUUUUUCUUUCCAAGCCAACUGGAUGGCGUCACAGCCGUGCGUGGGGUGCGUGUGCGCACGUGUGUGUGUGUCUCUGCGUCCGUCUGUCUGUCUGUCUGUUGGACUUGGGGCAGCACGGGACCCCGAUCCGUGCUUUGGGUCUCCAAUCUGGCUUCCUGGACGUGUUAUUCCCCUCCCUGGGGAGGAAACAGGCAGGUGGGGGGAGGGAGGUAGAGUUAAAGGGAUCUCCCCCUCCUCCCCACCUCAGCCGCCCCCCCUUUACCCCGUCACACCGGUUCCCCUUCCCUUCUUCAUUGUCCUGGGGAGGGGAGGGUAGAGGGAGGGGUCCUGGGUGCUGAUUUUUAAAUUUUGUAUUGUGGAUUUGCUUCUUCUUAUAUUAAAAUGAGGAAAAAAGAAAUGAAAGCCAGAAGCAGA